AAAAAAACGAACACAUUCGAUUUCGUUUCAUUGUAAGAAGAACUAAAACCCUAAAACAACGAAAACGAAGCAGCUACAUCAAUUCGUCGCAUCACUGAACUAUUCUUCUUCCCGGAAAACGCUUCCGGAAUCUCUCGUCGACCACCGGAAAACGAAGUUCUUUCUGUAAUGGGGGAUGCUGAGAAUGCCUUACAGUCGUCAAAGAAAAGGGCUGCUGGACGGGAGCUCACCCGAGACACUCCUAUUGACGAUGAGGAAGAUGACACUGACUUUGAAGCCGGGACUUUCAAGAAAGCCAGUGAGGAGGUUCUUGCAACCAGAAGAAUGGUCAAAGUAGUACGUCGCCAACAGAAAUCUGCUCCAAACCCUUUCGCUGGUAUACGCUUGCCUGCUCCUACUGAGUCCACUGCCAAGUCUGGUGAAGCUACUUCUGAAACGCAGCCAGAGAAAGCUAAGGAUGAAGAAACUAAGCAGCCAGAGAUAAAAGCUCCUGAGGUGGAGGACAAAUCUACUUCAAACAACGAUGUUGCAGACAGAAACAAUGCAGGUAAGGAUCUUGCGGAGAAGGAGACUGACAGUGACAACUCUAAGGUAGAUAAUGAACAGAGUAAGGAUGGAAGUAAGAUUGAAAAUGAGGAUAAGAAGGAAGUUGCUGAUAAGGAGAGUGCCGGCGAGAUCAAUAAAGAACCACCUACAGAAGAAAAAAAUACUGAGAACAGUGAUAAGAACGGAAAUAGUGAAAGCAAGGAUAAGGAAGACAAAGUAAGUGAAAGCAAGGAUAAGGAAGACAAAGUAAGUGACGAGCCUACUGCUGAAGGCGGCCCUUUCAAAUCAUUUCAACAACUUUCGAGCAAUCAAAAUGCCUUCACAGGUCUUGCUGGGUCUGGAUUUUCUUCUUCCUUAUUUUCCUUCGGAUCUACAACAAAUGAUGGGUCUGCUUUGGGUAGUGGGUCCAGUUCUAUUUUUGGAUUGAAACCUGACCAGCCUUUGGGUCUUGGUUUAUCUAACGCUGGAAGUUCUGGUUUUGGAACAUCAGGAGCAUCUGCUGUUUCCAAGACUGAAACACUGCAGGAAGUCGUUGUUGAAACCGGUGAAGAAAAUGAGGAAGUUGUUUUUAAUGCAGAUUCAGUGUUGUUUGAGUUUGCAGAUGGAGGUUGGAAGGAACGCGGAAAGGGAGAAGUGAAAGUGAAUGUAACUAGUGGAACAGAAAAGAAGGCCAGAGUUCUUAUGAGGUCUAAGGGAAAUUACAGAUUGAUUUUAAAUGCGCGUCUUUACCCUGAAAUGAAGCUAACAAAUAUGGAGAAGAAGGGUGUUACCUUUGCAUGUGCCACUGAAGGAAAAGACCGUCUUUCAACAUUUGCAUUGAAGUUCAAAGAUGGGUCCAUAGUGGAGGAUUUCAAGACUGCUAUCACAGCACACAAGGGUGAGGCAUCUACAAUUGUGAAGACUCCAGAGAACUCUCCCAAGGCUUCUGAUGUUUGAGCUAUAUAUCCCACAGUCACCCUUAUACUCAAUUUUCUCACAAAGUCAGUCUCCUUAGCUGUUGUUUUGUUGUUAUUGUGCCUUUGUAAGACGGAGUUAAUCACAUUUGAGACUUGUUGUACUUUAAUUUGAGUCAAACAUGCGGGUGGUAGAGGGUUUUAAUGUUCUGGAUAAAUCUUGGAUCUAUAAUACAAAAUAUUCGGUCACGAGAACUAUUUAGUGUUAUAUUUCUGGCAUUAAGCAUGAGGUAAUAAGUUAUUGGAUGAACCAA